AUGUGGAAGAAUUCAAGCCUCUGCUGCCUUUUAGCGCUAGCUAUUUUAUGUUUAAGAAGCUUAAUAUGUAGCCAAGAGAUAGGUUCUCUGGGCCACGCCCAGAAUUUGAAAUGUUUAACGCACAAUUUACGUAAAAUGAUCUGUACUUGGGAUGUCUCUUCUAAAGGAAGACAUGGACAAACUGACUUUUGCUACACUACCAAUGACCUCCUCCCUGCAGUGUGUCUUAAAACUAAGGAGAAAAGGGUUGAGAUUCCAGUCCCAGAGAGCUCUGCGACAGUGACAAUAACCACAAACAGCAUUUCUGGAACUGCUUUCGCUACCAAAGAAUUUGAAAUUCACAAGACAGACAUCUCAUUUGUUCCUCUUACUCCACGUAUUCUUAGUUUAACACCUGACUUUUCAACUUCCACAUUAAAUCUGAAGUGGAUUGAUAAUGGAUCAGUCUUCCCAUACGGACUGGAUGCCUUUUGGCAGAUUCAGAUACUCCGUAAAGAAGUAAUGGAAAAAGUCACACAAGUAACUUACUAUUCAAAACUGACUCAUGAAGACAUCAUUCUUUCUUGGAACUGGACAUCAGAUAUGCCUUUGGAAUGUACAUCACAUUAUGUGAAGAUUCGCUGUUAUAUUAAUGUAACACAGUUUGUUGGCCCCAAGGACUGGAGUGACUGGAGCCCAGUAGAAGAGGUCCCUGGAAAAGAUACCGAGCCCAAUGUGAGUGGGGUGUUUCCUCAGGACACCGUGGUGGCAGUAGGUUCAGAUGUGACAAUUUGUUGUGUCCAUCAAGAAGGACGGCAGAUAAAACAGAUGAAGUAUGAACGAGAAAUAUACCCAAUGAUACAUCUGAGCAGUCGGAGCAGUGCAAUCAGAGUGCUAAAUGCCAGUGCUUCACAUGCCAGUGGGACAAAUGUAGUGUGCGAACUGUCCGAAGGUGAUAUGGAUGGAACUGUCUUGUUUGUAGGAUAUGCCCCUGAUAUUCCCCAAAACCUCAGCUGUGAAACAUCCAACUUCCUGAUAAUAAAAUGCACCUGGAAACCAGGCAGACCCAGUGGACUAUAUGGAGAACGAAAAACAAAGUACAGUUUAUUUGAAAGAAUAUCUGGUAAAAAUGUUUCAUGCGAAGUCAAUGAAAUGCACAGAGAGCGUGCCUGUGACUUUCCAGUACUGGCUGAUCAAAAAACCUACGAUUUCAUAUUAGGCGUCUCCAAUCCUAUCGGGCAAACAGAGUCAUCGCUUUUGGUUGAUUUAACUCAAAGAGUUGAUCCAAAAGCUCCAGAAAAGUUAACUGUUUCUGGGAACAGCUCUACAAGCGUCCAUCUGCGUUGGUUUAUUAAUGGCAGCUUUGCUGAGAUCAGACUUCUGUGUCAAAUUGAAAUUAGCAGUGGUCACUCUGAGCGAAAAUUGCACAAUGUUUCCAUGCCUGGAGGAAAAUUCUCCACUUACACAGCUCAGCUGAACACAUUGCACCCUUAUACCAAAUACCAGUUCAGGGUGCGCUGUUCAGCUGCUGACCACUUCUGGAGGUGGAGUGACUGGAGCAGGAUAGAAGAGCACACAACGUUGGAAGCCCCUCCUGCAAGAGGUCCAGAUAUCUGGAGAGAGAGAAGUCCUUCUGGAAAAAGUCUAAAAAUCUUCUGGAAGCCUUUAUCCCUUUCUGAAGCCAAUGGAAGAAUAGUGUCUCAUGAAGUGUCUUGCUACCUGCUAGAGACAGCACUGGAGUCCAAAGAAGUCACCGAACCCUCAAACAGUACUGAGAUAAAACUUGGAAAAAAUGACUGUGUAAUUAGUGUUGUAGCCAAAAACCAUGCAGGCUCGUCUCCUCCUUCGAGGAUAACAAGCGUGGAACUUCCAAGCG